AUGAAUCUCAACUUCACCUCCCCUCUCCAUCCAGCAUCUUCUCAGAGGCCCACGUCGUUUUUCAUAGAGGACAUUCUCCUACACAAGCCCAAGCCGCUGAGAGAGGUGGCCCCUGACCACUUUGCGAGCUCUCUGGCAUCUAGGGUGCCUUUGCUAGACUAUGGCUACCCCCUUAUGCCCACACCCACCCUCCUCACCCCUCAUGCCCAUCACCCUCUGCAUAAGGGGGACCACCAUCAUCCUUAUUUCCUGACCACCUCGGGGGUGCCGGUCCCGGCUCUGUUCCCGCACCCGCAGCAUGCGGAGCUGCCGGGGAAGCACUGCCGCCGCCGCAAAGCUCGCACCGUGUUUUCCGACUCGCAGCUCUCCGGCCUGGAGAAAAGGUUUGAAAUCCAGCGCUACCUGUCGACACCUGAGCGUGUGGAGCUGGCCACAGCCCUCAGCCUCUCCGAGACUCAGGUGAAAACGUGGUUCCAGAACCGGCGGAUGAAGCAUAAAAAGCAGUUGAGGAAGACUCAAGACGAACCCAAAGCCGCAGACGGGCCUGAGAGCCCCGAGGGCAGCCCCCAUGCCCCAGAGGCCGCGGUCGCCGACGCUCGGCUGAGUCUGCCCGCCGGCGCCUUCGUGCUUACUGAGCCGGAGGACGAGGUGGACAUUGGGGACGAAGGCGAGAUCAGCUCAGGGCCGCAGGUCCUCUGA